UUUGCAUUGUAAAAUAGAAUACACAAUCCUACUAAAAAAUCUUAAAAAAUAUAAUUACUAUAAAUAACACUAAAUCAAAUUUUAAAUUAAUAAUUAUUAUUAUUUUUUUUUUGUCUUAAAUCUUAAUUACCAUAUAUAAUAUCUAUCUAGUUCCUUUGUCGAACUCAUUCUCAUUCUCCGAGAAGAUGGAGAGUUUGCCGACGACGACGACGAAAUCGGAGAGACGAUGGAGAUCAUCGAAGCCUCUACAGACAUCGAAACCAUCUCUCCUUUUGGCUUUGUUCUCUUGCAUUGCUUGGCUCUAUGUAGCCGGAAGGUUAUGGCAAGAUGCAGAGAACAGAACAAUCCUAGCUCAUCUUCUCAACAAAAGCUCACUCAACAGACCUAAAAUCUUAUCACUCAACGAUAAAUUAUCAGUCCUAGGCUGCAAUGAUCUUGAAAAAAGGAUUGUCGAAGCUGAAAUGGAUCUCACAUUAGCUAAGAGUCAGGGGUUUGUGAAGAACAAUUUGCAACAAACAGGUUCUUCUGAUUCUGAUUCUCGAAUUCUAGCUGUUAUUGGUGUUUAUACUGGAUUUGGGAGUAAAUUGAAUCGAAAUGUGUUUAGAGGAUCUUGGAUGCCGAAAGGAGAUGAUUUGAAGAAGCUAGAAGAAAGAGGGGUAAUCAUUCGAUUUGUAAUUGGCCGUAGCCCUAACCAUGGUGAUAGUUUGGAUCGUAAUAUUGAUGAGGAGAAUCGUUCAAGUUCAGAUUUUUUGAUUAUGGAAGAUCAUGAAGAAGCUGAAGAAGAGUUGCCUAAGAAAGCUAAGGUCUUUUUUAGCACAGCGGUUCAGAAUUGGGAUGCAGAUUUCUAUGUCAAAGUAGAUGAUAAUAUUGAUCUUGAUCUUGAAGGGCUAAUUGGGCUUCUUGAACGCCGUCGUUUUGAUCAGAAAAACAAUUCUUCUUCUGCUUAUAUUGGGUGUAUGAAAUCUGGAGAUGUUGUGGAUGAAGAUGGAAAGCCUUGGUAUGAACCUGAAUGGUGGAAAUUUGGUGAUGAGAAAUCUUAUUUCAGGCAUGCUUCUAGCUCUCUUUUGAUUCUUUCUAAUAAUUUAGCUAAGUACGUUUACAUAAAUAGUGCUUCUUUGAAGAUUUAUGCUCAUGAUGAUGUAUCAAUUGGGUCAUGGAUGAUGGGUUUACAAGCAACUUAUAUUGAUGACAAUAGAUUUUGCUGCAGUAGUAUUACACAAGAUAAAGUUUGUUCUUUGGCCUAAUUAAGGGGAGAAAAUCCAAUAAUUCUUUGUUUUUUGGUUGGUUUGUGUGAAGAAAUUGACAUAUUUGUUGUUGUUGUUGUUGUUGUUGUUAUAGUUUUGCUUAGAUAUUUCACUCAAUUCUUUUUUAGGAUUUACAAUCUGAAUUGUUGGAAGAGUUGAAAUAGAAUAUCUGUAUUGAAUCACUUCCAUUUUAUUUAUUUGGCUAAAUCUGUAUUGAAACUGUUUGUACAUAUUAGUAACUGAUUUGUUGAAGUUAUUUGAGAUAUUUAUUUUGUA